AUGGCGAGCGCCACGAACAAGGCGAUGCCUCCUCUUCACUCAACGAUCCGAUCGCGGCUCCACACGCUCAAACAGCAGUUCCACGAGGUCUGCGGCGAUGGCCACGAGAGGGGGAAGUCUUCCAAGUCAACCACUGCACCACCUCACCCUCUGCAAGAAUUCUUCUCGAGCGUGCAGCUCUGGAAGGAACGCUCACUGCAUCACACCCUGGAGGCGCUGGACAGAGCAGGCUCGCCAUCGGCGGACAGCCACAUGGAGGCGAUCGAAGAUCACGAGAAGGGUGCCAAGCACCUCUUUGACUUGACGCGAGUGUUCCUCGACCGAACGUGGCACAGCACGAACGCUCUGCUUGACGCCUUCGCGGAUGAUCUGGCUGGUUUAGUGGACGACAUCGUCGCGUCCAGACUGGAAGAGCAGCGCUUGGUGCACGAACGUGCCCUUAAAAGUCUGAAGGAGGAGAACCAGCGUCUGACUGAGGCGUGGCAGGAGCUGAAAGGCGUGAACGGAGGCCUCGAAGCUCGACUGGAAGUGAUCGAGAACACGCCGAACGCUGGGGGCGACGCCAUUCUCUGCAACAAGCUACGCAGCAGACUGCAGAGCCUUGUGGUCAAGCAGCACCAGCUCUCGGUGGAGCUCGAAGACGCUGCUCAGGAGAGAGUGAGCCAUCGACGAGAGCUGGAGAAGACCAAGACACUACUGACCGACGCGCAGAAGGGCUUGGCACUGACACGAGCCAUGCAUGACAAGGAGACCAGGCAGCUAGCGGCAAUGAUUCAGCUCAGCCACGCGCAAGUUCAUCAGGUCUUGGAGGCGUCACGAAAGGCGAGUGCGAAUGUGGCAGAUACCAAACACCAGCAACAACUCGAGAGCGCCACAGACGCCUCAAAAGCCUCAAGGCUCUCCAUCCAGCACUUCUCCUCGACAAGCAAGCUCCCCCGUCCUCGCACCGUCCUCAAGUAA